AUGGCACUCGCUCAACCCGUUCAUCUCGCCCUCCUAGGAUGCGGCCACAUCGGCACCGCCCUCCUCCAAGCCCUCAUCCCAUCCAUAUCCCACUCCCAGAGCCCAAUCUCCAAGAUCACCGUCUCUCUCAACCGACCAGAAUCCCAAGCACACCUCCACAACCAAUUCUGCAGCAACAACACCACAAGCCCCAUUACCUUCCUCCUCCGUCAGAACACCACAGCCGUCCAGCAUGCAGACGCCGUCCUCUUCGCCUUCCCACCAUCGCAACUCCCCGCCGUUCUUAAAUCACCGCACAUGAAAGAAGCCCUCCACCACAAACCCAUCAUCAGCAUCCUCGCCAGAACCCCCCUCACCACCAUCCACUCUCUAAUCCAUGAUCCCCAAAACGCAGCCCCAACCCCCAAACUCCAGAUCGUCCGCGCCAUGCCCACCAUUAGCGCAAGAGCCCACGAGUCUGCGACCCUCAUCGCAGACCCCCCGGAAGGCCACCCGACCCCGGAACAAGCCACCAACCUCGCAACGCAGAUAUUUGCCACCGUCGGCAAAGUCUUCCGCGUCCCGGACGCUUCCUUCGACGCCGCGACAGGUGUCAGUGCGUUUUCGAACGCCCUCGUCACCGUCGCGGUCCGGGAGAUUUCCCGAGCGGCCAUCGCCGAAGGCGUGUCCCCGGAGCAUGCGGUGGCAGUGAGCGCCCAGUGUAUUCGUGGGGUGGGGACGCUGUUGCGGGAGGGGGCUACCCCGGAGGAGUUGCGGCAUUCGCUGUCUGCCCCGGGAAGUAUUACUGGGUUGGCGGUGGAGGGUCUGGUGGAUGGUCGGUUCGAGGCGCUGUUGGAGCCUUUGUUGGCUGCGGCGGUGAAGCGGGCUCGAGAGUAUUCUACAUGA